AUGGAAGUGAACCACAAGCUUCUGCAAGAAGAACGAGGAGAGCAGGGUCCACUAUGCAAAGAUCCUGUGUGGUUCCGUCGAAUAGUAGGUAGACUGGUGUAUUUAACUAUUACUCGUCUGGACUUGAGCUACUCUGUGCACAUACUGUCUCAAGUGAUGCAUAAGCCACAGGAGGAGCAUUGGAAUGCUGCGAUGAGAGUUAUACGCUACUUAAAGGGAAGUCCUGGUCAAGGUAUUAUGCUUAGAGCUGAUAGUGAUUUCCAGAUACGAGCGUUUUGUGAUUCUGAUUGGUGUGGAUGUCCACUGACGAGAUGCUCACUUUCAGCUUACAUGGUGUUGUCGGGAAACUCGCCGGUGGCGUGGAGAACCAAGAAGCAGGAUACGGUUUCCCACUCCUCUGCUGAGUCUGAAUAUAGAGCGAUGUCGGAUGUGUUGAAGGAACUUAAGUGCAAGUCAGCCAUCUACAUUGCUGCGAAUCCGGUGUUUCACGAGCGUACGAAGCAUGUUGAGAAAGAUUGUCACAGUGUGAGAGAUGCGGUAAAAGCUAAGCUGAUAGCGACGCGGCAUGUUAGGACGAACGAGCAGCUAGCGGAUAUUCUGACAAAAGCGUUGGGAAGCUCUGCAUUUCAUUACUUGUUGUCCAAGCCCGGAGUGUGCAAUCCACAUGCUCCGACUUGA